AACAACUCCAAGUUUAUGUUGAAUGAUUUGGAUGGCGACGGCAAGAUAUCACUGCACGACGUGAAGGAUCCCGAAGCGAUGGAGGAACUCGACACCAACGAGGAUGGAUACGUGGACCAGGAGGAGUUGGAUAAUUUUCAAACUAAGGUUAACCUCUUAGGGGAACGGCUCAAUCACGAUAUCUUUGCGGACACCGAGGACGCUGAAAGUAACCAACUGGACAAUGAGUUGGAUGGGAUGUCCGAGGAGGAGCUCGCUGAGCUUCAAGACCUGCUCAACAAUAAAGCUUGAAAGAACCGAACACAGCAUGUCGAUCCAUUUGCAACCAGUCAAGUAAAAAACAGUUUAUUCCUUCUGAUAUCGAAUUACUCAUCCUUCAAAGAAAAUUCUUCCCUUCUACCAGAGGACCGCGUACUGUAGGGCCUACUUUUAUACUGGCCGGCACAUCAGAAUUUAUGAAAUUAUCCCUGGGUAGGCCUAUCAGUAAUUUUGAAACAUUUUGAAUAGGACAUUAUGUCAGACAUUUGCACCAUUGUCAUAUGAUUUGAAUAAAAUCAUGCUUGUAGUGAA